AUGUUUCCGCCGCUCUGUGGUAAUAUCUUUCUUUUGUGCAGAAGACGCGUGAACCACAGUGGAAGAAUACCAUCACCAGCACCUACGACGACACUUCAUAUACUUAAGGGGUUCUUUGCUAGCAAAAGGGGUUUUUUUUUAUCCUCACGUUUCUUGCUUCGCAAUAAGAUAACAUGGCGUUUUCUAUCGCCACUAUUUCUUCAAUUCGAAGUUUUUGGUACGAGGGAAGCAACGGCAACAACAACAACAACAUCCCAGAUAAUGGCAAACCCCGCACGCAUCCACAAACACUGCCCCGAAGAACACCAUGGGGGAUUCUGUUGGUGA